AUGUCGAUUCCCAACGAAGCUCUGCAGAAGCUUCUGCAAGAAAUCGAGGUCCAGGCUAUCACCUCCCAACAACAAAUCGGCGUUACGAAGGCGCAGAUCACAACUAAGCAGAGAGACAUCCGCAUGCUGGAGCUCACAUCCAAGGAAAUCGGCUCUUUGCCUAAGGAUACAAGGGUAUAUGAGGGCGUUGGCAAGAUGUUUGUGGCUGUCCCCAUGAACACGAUCGACAAGCGCCUGUCAAGCGAGAGCGGAGAUCUGAAGACGGAUAUUGCUGGCUUGGAAAAGAAGCUGCACUACCUGGAAAUGACACACAAGAACAGCCGGGAGAACCUGGAGCAGAUUCUGAAGUCCGGUGGAAAGGCGUGA